AUGGACAACGGUAGCAUUCGCCAAGCCACGGUCUCGCCGACAGUCCUGCAGCUCGACCACGUCCUGACCGCCAUCGUCCAGUGCAUGGCUGCCACCAAGGACAUCAAGGCCUUCCUCGCUGCGCUCUCGGCCUUAGUACGUGGAAGCACGCAUCUGGCCGCGCUCCACGACCUUCUCCAAGCUCCGCAGCGCCAUGUUUGGCCAUCCAUGCUGGAGCCUCUGGAUGCGCUUUGGCCUCUGCUUAAUCUGAGUGAGAUCUCGCCUGCAGCGAUCAGUCUCGCGCGCGACGCGAUGCCAGUCUUUUCUUGGGUCAGCGUUGGUCCCAUCAUCAACGCAUGGCCACAUGAUCUCGACGCCGUCGAGUGGCUGCGUCUGUGGAGCACCAAGAUCACACACUACAAGCACAAUAUAAGUGACAUAGUUCAGGGCGACCCGCGCCUGUACGAUGUCCUGCGCCAGUGUACGAACCCCACGGACGUUGACGUGUACUGGUCGGCCGAUGCCGAUGCGAUUCUGGAGGUCGUCACGACGCCAGCGCACCGCGUCCGCUCACUCCAGGUCCAGCAUACGACUGCAGCCGCCUCGGUCGUCUUGGAUCGCUGGCUUGCGUCGGGCCACGCAGACCACUUGGACUUUACGUACUACUCGGACGAUGACGGCGGAGCGGUGGACGCAGCGCUUGUUCCGAUGCUUUUGAAGACCACCGUGCUCUCGAGUCUUGUACUGCGCCUCGACGAAAAUGAACUAUUCGCGCGGCUCGUCGUCGCCGCGCCUUUGUUCAUCCCGCUGGAAGAGCUGACAAUCAAGCGCGACUGGCUCGGUGGGACGCUGUCACCAGUGACGCUCCCCUCGACGCUUCGACGCAUCAUGUGGCGAGGCAUGUCGUGCUUCCCGGCGGCGUUGCAGGCACUGGCGACGAGCGUCUCCCACCUCGACGAGCUUACAUUGAUCGGUUGCCCACUUUUCCCGGCGGCCAUCAAGUUCUUGGUCGGUGCACUACCCGACUGGAUCCACCGUGGCGCCAAAAAGAUCACGUUCGUCGAUUGUGGCAUCGACGAUACGGCUGUCAUAGCGCUGGCAGCGGCUCUGCCCCGUACAACGAGCCGGCUUGGUACCAUCCUUACAAUCAAGGACAUUGCCGGAUUAUCCGUGCACAGCUACGUGGCCCUGGGCAAAGCACUCGCGUCGUGCCACGGUGUCUCGAUGCAGCUGCCUUUGCUUCAGACGUUCCAAACCGAGGCGGAAAGCCGUUCCAUCCAGUACCGCUUCGAUGCCGACUGCAUCGUGCUCGAGAGCCCCCUGCACAGUAGUUGGGUGUAG